AUCCAACUCAGCAGCCUCCGUCGCCACCUCCCGUCUUCUUCUUCGUCCCUCUUCCACUGCAAUCGAUUGAGAGAGAGAGAGAGAGAGAGAGAGAGAGAGACGCCAUGUGUGGAAUACUCGCCGUCUUCGGUUGCAUCGACACCUCGCAAGCCAAGCGCUCGCGUAUCAUCGAGUUGUCUCGGAGGCUGCGGCAUAGAGGUCCUGAUUGGAGUGGAUUGCACUGUCAUGGGGAUUGCUACCUUGCGCAUCAGCGAUUGGCAAUCAUGGAUCCCACUUCAGGAGAUCAGCCCCUUUACAACGAGGACAAGACUGUUGUUGUGACGGUUAAUGGGGAGAUCUACAACCAUAAAUCAUUGAGAGAAAAGCUGAAGAAUCAUCAGUUCCACACUGGAAGUGACUGCGAAGUCAUUGCUCAUCUGUAUGAAGAAUAUGGAGAAGAGUUUGUGGAUAUGUUGGAUGGCAUGUUCUCCUUUGUACUUCUUGACACGCGUGACAAAAGCUUUAUCGCAGCUCGGGAUGCCGUUGGGAUAACACCACUUUACAUGGGCUGGGGACUUGAUGGAUCAAUCUGGUUUGCCUCAGAAAUGAAAGCCCUGAGUGACGAUUGUGAAAGAUUUGUGUCUUUCCCUCCAGGCCACAUAUACUCUAGCAAACAAGGUGGUCUUAGAAGGUGGUAUAACCCUCCAUGGUAUACGCAGCAAAUACCUUCCGGUUCCUACGAUCCCCUUGUUCUCCGUGCAGCUUUUGAGAAGGCUGUCAUCAAGAGACUAAUGACUGAUGUACCGUUUGGUGUACUUCUGUCUGGAGGUCUGGACUCAUCUUUGGUUGCUUCUGUAGCUUCUCGCUAUUUGGCAGACUCUGAAGCUGCUUGUCAAUGGGGCUCACAGUUGCACACCUUUUGCAUUGGUUUGAAGGGUUCUCCUGAUCUAAAAGCUGCAAGAGAGGUAGCAGAUUAUCUUGGAACUCGCCACCAUGAAUUUCACUUCACCGUUCAGGAAGGCAUAGAUGCACUUGAGGAAGUUAUAUAUCAUAUCGAAACAUAUGACGUGACUACCAUUAGGGCGAGCACUCCGAUGUUCCUGAUGUCUCGAAAAAUUAAAUCAUUGGGAGUGAAGAUGGUGAUUUCAGGGGAAGGUUCAGAUGAAAUAUUUGGAGGGUACUUAUAUUUCCACAAGGCACCUAACAAGAAGGAGUUGCACGAAGAAACUUGCAGAAAGAUCAAAGCUCUUCAUCUUUAUGACUGCUUGAGGGCAAACAAAUCAACUUCAGCAUGGGGAGUUGAGGCUCGGGUGCCAUUUCUGGAUAAAGAGUUCUUAAACACAGCAAUGGGUAUAGAUCCUGAAUGGAAAAUGGUGAGACCUGAUCUUGGGAGGAUUGAGAAGUGGAUCCUACGGAAUGCAUUUGAUGAUGAUCAGAAGCCUUAUCUACCAAAACAUAUACUGUACAGGCAGAAGGAACAGUUUAGUGAUGGAGUGGGUUACAGUUGGAUUGAUGGCUUGAAGGACCACGCUAACAAGCAAGUUACUGAUGCAAUGUUAAUGAAUGCAAGCUUUGUAUACCCGGAAAACAUUCCUACAACCAAAGAGGCAUAUUACUAUAGAGCUAUCUUUGAAAAGUUCUUUCCUAAGAAUGCUGCAAGAUCUACCGUUCCUGGCGGUCCUAGUGUGGCUUGCAGUACUGCAAAAGCAGUUGAGUGGGACGCAGCAUGGUCAAAGAAUCUUGAUCCAUCUGGUCGCGCUGCCCUUGGUGUCCAUGAAGCUGCAUACGAGGAAGCAGCAGAAUCUAAGAAUAACUGCACAGCUAAUGGUCCCUCUCACAAACUAGAGAAGUCCUUGUAGAGAAGACUACUACAGUUGCUUGAUUGGGACUUGGCACAUUUGGAAUUCUUGGAGGAUUUACAAUCAUAACUGACAACAACGAAAAGAUUCAGUAGCGAGGGGAGGCAUAUGUGGUCACAUCUCGGAAUUCCUUUUUAUUUAUCGUAACAGAGAGUUGCUUGUAUAUGUGGAUGCAGUAGCUUUGUGCUCUUUCUUGUUUUUUUCCUGGUUUAGCUGCUCGGUUUCAUAGUCUCCUUGAUUAUGUUCUGGUAGGGUUGGCAGAAUUUGCUGAAGGUUCUAGUGGAAUGAAUGGAGUUACGUCCUAUUUUUCAUCUUGCUUCAUUGUUCA